AUGAACCCAGUAGAACAUCAACCUUAUAUCCCAUUUUCUGAUCCAUUCAAUAACAAUUACUAUGCUAGCUCACAAUUCAAUAUGUUCAACUGUCAAGAACUCUAUCCAAACAGCAAAUUAUCGAUUCCAGACCAGGCAUCAAGCUCAUCCUCUAGGGAUUCCCUGUUUUGUCUGAGUGAACGAGAAGACGUCCAGGCACCCUUUGUGUAUCAAGAUGUCUCUGAACUGAGUGGUAAUGAAAUUCUCAAUAUAUUAGCUAUUCAAGACAGCUUUCCAACUGGUCUUACAGCAAUGGCCGAAUACCCUCUUUGCAACAUUAAUAUCGAAGAGAAUUAUGUUCUCAAGUCACUGAGCAUUUCCACAAAUACGAGUACUGUAAACCACUUUUUGGAUCAUUGCAACCAGUAUAUAUGUCCAGCUCAAGAUCCAUACCAAGACAAAACUUUACCUCAGGCAGAAUUGUGUGUGCAGUCAACUGUCCAGAAAACGUCAGGUAUUUCCACCCAUAAAAAAUAUACUUUUUUUAAUAUUUUCCAAGAGGAUUGGGCAAGAGAAUAUCCUAGAAGGCCUUUUCGUACUUGUUUAACUUCCAAAGCCUUUAGUCCACACAACCUGAAUAUUUGCGGCAAAGAUAUGCAGAAUAGUGAUGGCUCUACUGUUAAAAUGUUUUCCUGCCUCGUUUGCAGACUCAAGUUCAAUCGUAAAUCGAAUCUUACAAGGCAUCUCAAAACGCAUUCACCCGACAGUAAAAAGUUAGAGUGCUUCCUUUUCAAGUCUAAACUGGAAGUUUACAGUUUAUCAGUGUUUUACUCUACAAUUUUUGGGAGAUUAAGAAUGAGGAAGAAAUACUAA